AUGAGGGAAAUGCUGAAAAAAUCAAACUAUAUUCGCUCCAGAAGGCUAAAUACAAUAAUCGAAAUAGCGGAGACACAGGACGAAAAUGAGAAUUCGUUAGCGGUCUCGAUUCCAGGGAAAGAACAAAUUUCAAGUGGUGCCUGUACUGCAGCAAGAACACUGAGUAAAAUUCCUCUAGCAGAAAGAUCUGUUGCACGUAGCCCCCGCGUAGAACAAGUCGUUUCCUCCCACGCAACGCCAGAAACACAGUUAUCCACGACAUCACAUUGGCGGGAAAAACCGAAAGUAUCAACAAAACCCACGGGUAUGGACAAAAACUCAAAUACUGACGCUUUGACGCUGAAAUCUCCGGCGGUCAGAAAAGAUAUUUCCGAAGUUGAGUUUUUUUUUCCUGAAUUCUUUACAAACAGCGAGGCGCAAUGCGUUCCCGAAAAGAUUAAGAAUGCUCACAAGGAAGCUAAUCAAUACAUUAAGAGCCAGAGCGACGAUCCGUUCGUCCAGUCCUGGCUGGAUUUGUUUGGGCCGCAAGUUUAUGGUUAG